UCUCUCAUACAACAUGGGAACUUCAGUUCCCGUUGGUGUUAAAUCGAAGCAGCUUCGAAACAUGUACAAAACUCCCUACCUGGCACAAAGGGGAAAUAUCCAUGAUCUCGACAUGCUGAAGCCCACCAAAACCAUGGUUCGUUCUGAAUCAACCACUUUCAAGCGACACAAGCAUCGAGUGACUUGGCGAGAGAAGGUGGCAUUUUGGAUGGAUACUUCAAAGGGAGGACGUAACUGGGAACUCUUGGAUGCGUUUCUGUCUUUACUAUUCGUCAUCAUUUACAUUUGGAACACGCAAUAUGUGAAAAAGGAGCCUAAGGUCCAACCGCUGCCUAAACCUGCAAAGAUAUUUGAGCUAGCGAUUGCUGUCGGAAUAUUGGCGCAAUACUUGCCUCGAGUCGUAAUAGCCCCGCAGCCACACAAAGAAAUGGUCUCUCCCUAUUCCAUUUUAACCUUCAUCGCCACCGUACCGGUCAUGAUUGCUUUCGUACUGUCGACCUAUGAAUGGAAGAGUAGUAUUGAUGAGGAUAUUGUACAUACAUACAUGUCAGCUGGACCUCUCGUGUUUUUAUAUCCCCUUCGAUUCGUUCGUCUGCAUAUGUCUGUAGGGCGUUGUUUACUGCCGGUUAAGCAUGCGGUUAUACAUAUCUCUCUCAUUGCUCGCAAGGCACUACAGCUUGGCACGACCAUUCUGUUCACCAUUCUUACAGUGACUGCUUUCAUCCACGUCUUCACCUUCAAGCAACACGUACAAGAUCCCAAGUUUGAGAGCAUGACCUUUUACAACGCAUUUUUCUUCACUGUUGUGAGUUCUGUAUCAAGCAUUCGCACGGACAUUGUUCCUGAUAACGAGUUUACAAGACUGGUUAUCCUCUAUGUCAUGAUUGCGGGAGCACUGUAUAUACCAACAAGAUUGGCAGAGCUGUUAUCUCUGAUCCAACACCGCUCAAAAUACCGCCACUCAUAUCGGUCCAAGGAUGGUCAGCAGCACGUUAUUGUUACUGGUAGCUUUGAACCAAGCUCUCUGCUUGAAUUUUUGAGAGAGUUUUUCUGCGAGGAUCAUGGAAUGGACGUUCUUUUGACAAAAGUAGUGGUUUUAUGCCCAUACGAGCCUAGUGAAGAAUUGAAUAUUCUUCUCAAUGACCCGUCGUAUGCCUCUCGCGUACAAUAUGUGAAAGGCUCGGCUACUUCCUUCCAUCACUUGAAUAAGGCCAGAGCUGAUGUAGCGUCAGCAGCGUUUCUUCUAAGCUCCAAACUGACACAUGGUGACCAGGAGCGAGAGGAUGCACAACAGUUGACAAGAGCUUUGACUAUGCGAAAGUAUAACAGACACCUUAAACUCUAUGUACAGACGCAUUUACCGGAGAAUGUUGUACACUUUGAUUUCAUAGCACGAUCUGUCAUUUGCGUUGAAGAGUAUAAUAUGGGCUUGUUGGCCCAAAGCGCGCUCAUACCCGGAUUUUCAUCCCUUCUACUUUUGCUGACAACAUCUUUGACUGAAAAGUCCUGCGGCGAAAUGCUCUCGGAAGUGAAGGGACGGAGUGAUAUGAAUUGGAUGCGGGAUUACUUAGAUGGUGCCGGAAACGAGGUUUACCCGGUCAAGUUCUCGCCUAUGCUGACAGGCAAACCAUUCUUACAAGUAGCCGAAAUUAUUUAUGCUCAUAGCGGUUCUCAGUUGUUUGCUAUCGGAAAGAAAAUGAAUGGUUUGACAAGUCUCUCUUCUUCAUACUGUGUUUCACUAAACCCUAAGGACUAUAUCAUUCGCGAUGACGACGUUGGUUACAUCAUCAGUGAAUCCAGUAAUAUUGCCGACUAUGUGCGAGACUUUGGAUUCCGCAACAACACGUUGACUGAGUACCACAGUUUGUUGGAGAACGGUGUUGGAACAUACGGUGGCACAUCUACCAGUACACUCAUCAACAUCGCUGCAGAGAACCGAAAUCCGAGCAACAGCGUUGUGAACGAAGAGUCUGCUGAUGUCGAUGCGCUCAAGGUGAAGUCCAGUCUUGUCUACGAUCCUAUCGAAAGCGACGAUGAUCACAGUAGCAUUGGUCAAACCGAACAAGAAGCUCAAGAGGCGGUUGAUGCCUUAUUAGGUGGAAAUGGUGGUACUUCUCCAGGCUUCAAACGUAGUGGUACAGUUACACCAUCUAAUGAACAGAUGCUGGACCACCGACAAAAGCUCACCGACGCCAAUGUGAAAUAUGCAAAGCAGCAUGCUCAUCAUUCAACAUUUGCUUCACUUCCUGCAGAAGUAGAAGACCAUCUUCUGGUGUGCGAUGUAUCUCAGAAAUUCCCUCGCAACAUCGAGAUUCUGGUUGGUAGCGUUCGUGCCAAGGAAAAGGACAGACCUGUUGUCAUCAUGUGCUUUGCCGAUCCCAAUCCUGAGCAACGUGCUAGGUUGCACCAUUUCCAAAACGUCCAUAUCAUCAAAGGUCGCCCCACGCUGCGUAAAGAUCUAUAUCGUGCUGGAGUUGAACGAAUGUGGCGGUGUAUUGUAUUAAGCGACAAGUCUGCCUCUUCAUCAGACGUAGAAGAAUUUGCUGAUGCCAGCGGGUUAUUGACCGCAUUAAACGUAGAGUCGAUGUCUGACGAAACUGGCUUCAUUGUUGUCGAGUGUUUAGAGCGGGAAACUUUUAAAAUGAUUGGAAUGAGCGAAACGAUCCAGUGUAGUGAAGAAGUCGCCCAGGCGAUGUUACGACCCAGCUUCAUGAGCGGAAACGUUUAUACAUCCUCCAUGCUUGAUACCAUCAUUUGUCAGUGCUACUACAACACUCAUCUGCGAGACGUUCUCUCUCAAUUAAUCUUCAGUCACAAUCCCGAUACGCAAAAUGCCUACACUCGGUUAUGCGAGGGACCUGAAGCUAUCAUGAACUCUGAAGAAAACGACAGUUCUUACGGCAGUAGUGGCCAUGUUUACCAAAUUGAGGUUCCACCUGUACUUCACGGAACCGAUUAUUUAUCGUUGGUGCGGACCCUUAUCAGACAACAUGCAGCCAUUCCAUUGGGGUUGUACCGCACGGUACUGCACCAAGGCGCGCCAACCUCUUUUGUGUAUGUGAACCCUCAACGAGACAGUACCAUUAAGCAAGGCGAUUGUGUUUACGUUAUUGCGGAUGACGACUUUCAGUUGUAGAGGAAGCAGUUCAGUUCAUGACAGAACGGCGCACCGAGCGGGCAGCAUUUCCGCCUCUCCCUUCUUUUUUUUCUAAAAGAAGAUAAAAACAUAGUAUAUAUAUCGUACGAGGUAAUAAAGAGUUUUUAAACGCCAGUUCCAUGGGACUAGCAUGAUGAUUGA